AUGAUCGAUAGUGCUGAUUUUCCCAGUCGAUUAUUGCUGCUCCUGCUCCAGGACGAAGAACACGCAAACGCAGCUUUUUAUAUGUUUAUGCAUUCUGGACUAGUGCUGAAGAAGUGUGACACUGGUUUCAAACUUGUCAAUUGCAUUAUGUUAUGUUCUCAGUCCUCCCCACUAUCAGCACCCUGCAUUAUCUUGAUGUUGUCAUCUACUCUAAUCCAUACGACAAUGCAUUAUGAAGCAGAGUCAUGGGGUUACUACGUACCAGUGAAGCACAGCAUGGAAUCAGACUCGUUGGAGCGAGUGGUGAGGCUCGCCGCUGGGAGUGCGGUGGUGAUAUUCAGCAUUAGCUCUUGCUGUAUGUGUCAUGCGGUGAAGAGGCUCUUCUGUGGAAUGGGUGUCAACCCAACUGUGUACGAGCUUGACCAGGACCCAAGAGGGAAGGAAAUUGAGAGGGCUCUCAUGAGGCUCCUUGGGAACUCAACGGCUGUUCCGGUGGUGUUCAUCGGAGGGAAGCUUGUCGGUGCAAUGGACAGAGUCUUGGCUUCUCAUAUUAGUGGGACAUUGGUACCCCUCCUCAAGGAAGCUGGAGCUCUGUGGCUCUGA